AUGUUAGAAGGAUUAUUAGAGUAUCUCACCACCUUUACCUCGAAGGACUCAGUAUACGGCCAGAUAGUGAGUGGAGUACCUGAGAGUCUACGAACAGUAAUCGUAGUGUUGAUGUUCCUCCACAUCAUAGCAUUUAGUGUAUGGGGAAUGGUAUUCUUCAAGGACUGCUUCAUCAAAGCCCCCAAGCCGCCAGUACUGAGUGAGACUUUGCAGCAUAAGAAGACCAAGUAG